AUGUGUUGUACUUAGGAAGAGUAAUAGAAAUAAUAAUAAACGAUUGGUUCAGAAUGUAUAACAACAAAUCCAGAUAUUAGUGAAGCUAUUCCACUCCUGCAGUUGGUAUCCUCGAGUUGAACAGAUCAUAAACAGUGAUGGCUACAAUCAUAUGCCAUUAUAAAAUGAAUUCAGAGUCUAACCCACAAUUAAAACCAUUCAGUAGCAUCUGCAUAUCAGGAAACAAAUGAUAAGUGACAUCUUUUAUAGCUUUGUCCAGAACCCCAAGGACUUGAUGUUUCACUCUCAGAUGAAGAUUUCAUUCGUUUAAAAAUCCAUUAUUAUUGCAGAUAACAGUUAACAAUCACAGUUGGCUAUGAGUUUCAUCAAAGCAACUGACUUGUAAAUUUAUCCUCUCUAUGAUGUAGUCAUAUUGAUUUGAAAUUGGAGAUCAAUCAAUUCAUUAACUAUUUUUCUAAUCUGAUCCUAAAAUUUUACAAGGCCUCUUUGCUGAUUGACGAGAUAAAGAUGCUGGUUUUGGAUGAGUUGUUUGGAAAUGAAGUAUUUUAUAACUUUGUCAAACAACAAUAUGACAAGGGAUUACACAGUUAGAUAAUUGCCUAUAGAACCAAUAUACAAAGGAUCGAACGAUCUCAAAAAAAACAGGAUAAAAUAGUUGCCACUCUAUCAAAUAUGGUUAAUAAACGAUCUCCAAGGGAAAAACUACAAAUAUUAGAUAUGGUGGCUCAAAAAUUGACUUAGGAGAGUAAGAAUACAGAUGCGGAUAAAUUUAAUGAACUCAUCUAUGAUUUGAUUGUUUAAGCCAAUAUACCUUCGUUUGUGACCGAAAUUAAAUUGAUUAAUGAUUUUGCUGGAGAGAUGUACAUUAUUAUAUUUGAAUUUUACUAGAGAUUCAUUGGGAAGAUAUGGCUAUGUUCUUACUGUCUUUAUGGGGAUCUUAAUGCUAAUAAUUUAAAAUUAUUGA